UCUCGCGGUGCCGUGUGUGGGGCUUCGGCUUCGGUUCGGGAGUCGCCUGGCGACUCCUUCCUUACCGUUAGCCGACACCCACUAAAACCCCGCCUCCCUUGGUCCAAUCGUCUGGGAGAUGCUCCUCGUUUUGUAUCGUCUUUGUCCACGUCUUCCUGACCAGGGAAGGUUUGAUUGCUUUUGGCCCGUAUCUGGCAGUGUUCGUCAUCACGCAAUCGAUGAGCAGUCGUGUGUUUAUGGCGCGUAGCCACCUGUUUUGGAUUUCGCGUCUGGAGGCCUCAUCCUUCUCCUGGAUUACUCAGCCGCGACAGGCUUGCGUUGCCUAGGGUAACUGCUCCACACGCCAUUAUCUUUCCGAUGUUCAGCUCGAGAUGCAGCCCCGUUUUCUUCUUCCAUAUCACGUUCGCAAGAUCCCAUAUCUGGCUCUGGCCGGCGGCCUCGCAUCUGAGCAGGAUGUGUUCCAUGUUCUCGAUCACCUCCUCUCCGCAGUGCUUGCAGUACGCCUUCUCUUCGUGGCCUGGUAUCUUACGCCAGUGGUCUCCAACUUUAUAGCCGUCAUGUAUUAGCAUCCACAGGAAAUAUCUGACGCUUCGGGAGAAGUCUUGGUGUCUCGUUGAUAACCAUAUUUGUGCAGUGGUUGCUGCGCCUCUUGGCUCUGGUUCCAGGAGUACCGUUGCUUCUUUUGCCAGUUCAAUAUUACGGGUGGUUGCUUUCCGGUCUAGAGCAUCCUGGUAUCGGUCCUCUCUCAUUUUGGAUAUCCUGAUGAUCUUAUAUGCCAGCGAUUGCGUCAUUGCCUUCAGCUUUGCUCCUGGAAGGACAAGGGACUCAUUGAUUCGUGUAUCGAUGAUAUCCGGAGCAUUCUUCCGGCGGCCUUCGUCUGCUAGACGGUCUGCUUGCUCGUUACCAUGCGUCCCAGCAUGUCCUUUAACCCAGUUUUGCUAGGUCUCCGUUUGCGGUGAGGAAGAAUCCUUGGUCUUCCCAUUUCCGAAUGCUUUGGCGGGAGCCCGGGCGGGCACAGGUCAAUCGUUUCCUUCACUGCGAGCAUCUCUGCUACCUGGUUGGAUGGGCCGAACUCGUUGGGGAUCUUAAUCGCCCUAUUCAUGUUAUCGUUAUCAUUGAAGUAUAUUCCCGCACCGGCUUCAGCUCCUUCGCGGCCAUUGUUCGUUGCAGAGCCGUCUGUAUUUGGCGCUGCGGCAUCCAUGUUCCUCUCGUUGUCCGUAAAGACUCUGAAGAUAUCGCCCACCGAGCCUGUCGUUGUUAUGCGUUGGUCUAUAUCUCGCGUCUCAAUGCCAUUUACGUUGAUCACUUCGGGCGUCAUCCUGUGUUCAUAGUCUUCGGGUUGGGUUUUUCUAGGGUCCCAUUUGGGGUCUAGGGUGUCCAGCAUCUCACCGGCCUUCCUGUAGCAUACAUGUGGGCUGGUACAUCCGGUGGAUUCUCUGACUUCGGUACACGCAUUGCACCUGCAUCGCUUCGAGGCGACAUGACGGUUAGUCCGCAUCUUCCGUUCGAGCUGGACUGCAUCUUUGACAGUCUUCAUUUUAUGUUUCUCCUUGAGGCACUUGAUAGUAUCUUUCUUGUAUUUCCACAUUCCAUGUUCUGCGUUCGAUUUUGUGUGGUGCCAGAUUAUCAUCUGGCCCUGUAUCUCUCGCGACACGGCUAUUGCG